ACCACCACCACCACCGACAACUCACCGGUCGGCUUGCUACGGUACCUUGAGCUAGAGCUAUCUGCUAUGUCUUGGGGAGUUUUCAAUCACGAUAAUCACAGUAUUGCACCGGCAGGUUAAGGUCAUGUAGUGAGGUACAGUAUCUUGAGGUAAUCUGAACUGAUCGCCCUCAGCGGCGUGGAUAGAUCCAUCCAUCGAUCUCUCGUGUCUUGUAUCCAGCGAACAAUCUUCCAUCUUGGCCCCGCCGUGAUGUUGCUCGCUCGAGGCUAUAACGUCAUACCAAACAAUUUGCCCAUGAAAAAGUACAUCACAGAGAAUGCCAUCAACCGCCUCAGUGCCCCUAUUACGAGGUGCGAGUGGUAUAGUACCUAGGUAGUCCGUAGGUACCUUACGAUGUCAUGCUGAUUACCACAUCCAGGAAAUUGUCGAAACCAAUAUAACAGUUGGCCCCAGCCUUGCUCGAGCCCUAACAGCCUGGCACCACUGCAUCUCUCUCAACCCAUCCAUCUGUCCACGUUAUUGUUUCUUUUGUCCUCCGUUUUACUUUCACAUACUCAAACUAAGUACCUCAUACUCUGAUCAUUGAAUCUCGCCGGCAUCAACAUUACCAAGUAACUUGAGAUAUCGAUACACCAUGCCUUUAACCGUUCCUCGCGUACAAGGGAGCAUGUUCCGGAGCUGUCUUCCCAGCACCCGCUCAAUAGCCCGAACAUACAACAACCCCCGACCAUUUUCAUCCCUCACCCGGCCCAUCCAACCGGCAAUCCAGAUCCAACAACAGCAACAACACCAACAGCAGCAACAGCACCAGCAACAAAGACGGAACCUCUCUUCAAACAAAACCACAACCACAACCGCCGCCACCGAGAAUGCACCAUCAAUCAAAGAAAAACUCCCUGAUCCUCAUCAAGCGCCCGCGCGGCUCAAGGAAUUCGACCUCCAAGACAAAGUCUUCGUCGUGACCGGCGGUGGGCGCGGCUUAGGCCUGACACUGGCCGAAGCACUAGUUGAAGCCGGUGGAAAGGUCUACUGUCUCGACCGCCUUCCCGAGCCCGAAGAAGAAUUCUACGACGUGCAAAAACGCCUUGGGCCCAAAUACGGCGGCGAACUGUUGUAUGAUCGAAUCGACGUCCGGCAAUGCGACGACGUGGACCGCGUGAUUUCCAAAAUCGCCGACCGCCACCAACGCAUGGACGGCGCCAUCACCGCGGCCGCCGUGCAAUACGUCAAACCGGCACUCGAAUACCCGCCCGAGAAAAUCAUGGAAAUGCUCGACAUCAACUACAAGGGCGUCUACUGUACGGCCGCCAGCUGUGCGCGGCAAAUGAUCAAAUACAACUGUCCCGGCUCGAUCCUCAUGGUCGCCAGCAUGAGUGGCUUUGUGGCCAACAAGGGCCUCAUGUCGUCGGUGUAUAAUUCGUCAAAGGCCGCGGUCUGCCAAUUGACGCGAAAUCUGGCCAUGGAAUGGGGUAAAGCCGUCAAUGGGAAGCCGAUCAGAGUCAAUGCUUUGUGUCCGGGGAACAUUAUUACGCCGAUGGUUCUCAAGAAUUUCGAGGACGAUCCGAAGCUGAGACCGACUUGGGAAGCGGCGAACAUGCUUGGUCGGAUUUCAGAACCGCACGAGUAUAGAGGCGCGGCGUUGUUUGCGUUGAGCGAUGCGAGUACGUUUAUGACGGGCUCUCAGCUGAUCAUCGAUGGUGGCUAUACUGCGUGGUAAAAUUGCGACAUGACAUGAAGUGCCAUCCGAGAUACGAUUCUGCUCGGAUGGUCGGUCGGAUAGUGGAGGCAUCUGAAUGCCCCAUGUGUCAUUUGAGUCCUUGGUCCGAUUCGAGACACUUUGGCCUCGCCUCGCCUCACUUGAUCUCCCCUGACUGCCGCUCACCUCGAUCGACUUUUUCCGGCAUUCACCGGCUCGAGAUGGCUUUUGGGAGUCUUCUCCGGCGCGGUUUUGCAUACGUGGACCGCGACCAUGACGAGCCGACUUCAACGACAUCUGGUUCAGAGCCGUCUUGACGAGGACGGUCCUCCUCGCACAACCCUAUAUACAUACUUGUACAUUACCAGCACUGCAUUUUGUCGACAAAGUACAUAUAUCGUUUUGGCGGUACACUGGCAGUUCGAUGGAGCAUUUGUGGUCCUCCUGGUUGGAAUGGGAUGCCAAAGGAAACGAAUGCAUUGUGUAUCACUAGAUCUGCUUAGCAGCGAGCGAUAGAGUUUCUGGGUUAAAACAAAUGAAAAUAUUGAACUGAAUUUGAACUCUGAA